GAAGACAACUCCUCUCUUAUGGAAAUGGGGCCCUGAUUCCGGAACCCAUUUAUGCUCAACGUAGAUCUUAUCUCUAUAAAUGAGGAAUCAGAUCUUCACUUUGGAGACACUCCCUUAGAUCUUCUUGAGCUGUGUUACGAGAUGGCAAUGGUGUUAGAGUUUUUCGUAAAUAUGUUCCUCCAAAAGAUAGCCAACUUCGCGGAGGGAGAGAUAAGCAAAGUGCUAUGCGUGGGGGCGGAGGUCAAAACUCUGGAGAGAAGGUUGACGAGGAUCAAAGGCUUUCUUCGCACUGCAGAGCAAAGGAGGCAUGUAGAUCCGGACAUGGAAACCAGGGUGAGGGAGUUGAAGGAUGUCAUGUACGACGCCGACGAUAUCAUCGAUCUUUGCAUCUUCGAAGGUGGCAGCUUGCUGAAGAGUCGGACAUCGACGACUUUUGCGGUAUGCAAUCCUUCCAGCUCGCGAAGUUGUUCUUUCUUUAGACCUAUCAAACACCGCCAUGAAAUCAGUGGUAGAAUAAAAAGACUUAAUGAUAGACUGAUUGAGAUCACGGGAGAUAGAUCUAUAAUACCUGUUGUAGAGAACGUCGAAAAAGGCCUCCCACCUCCCCCAGCAAGUUAUCCUAAGACAUCUUCCAUAGAGGUUAAGGCAGACAUCAUAGGAACCCAAAUCGAAGGCGCUGCCCAAAAUCUGAUCAACUCCAUACUAGCGGUCAGUGAGAAUCGAAAGUGUGUUGUUUUUGGGAUUGUCGGGAUGGGUGGGAUUGGGAAGACCACUCUAGCGCGUAAAGUAUUCAAUGAUGAAAGGAUCAUACAAAACUAUCCGAUUCGAGCAUGGUUGUGUGUCACGAAGAACUAUUCAGAGACUGAUUUGCUCAAAGAAAUGAUUAGAAGCGUAGGAGGAAGUGUUGAAGGAGCUGAGAGUAGAGCGGAACUUGAACCUAAACUUGUUUCCCUCCUAUCGAGAAAUUUGCUUCUGGUAUUAGACGAUGUAUGGAGUGUAGACGUAUGGGAAGAUUUACUCAAGAACCCUUUGAUGCAUGAGGCAGCCAGUAAUUGUAGGGUCGUAGUUACCACUAGAGACGAAAACGUGGCAAGAAAUUUGGGAGACAAUGUUCAUCAUGUUGAGAAAAUGGAUGAAGAGUGUGGCUGGGAAUUGCUGUGGAAGACGGUUUGGGAUCAUAGAGAGAAGGGCGAUAUUUCUGUAUUCAAAGAAAUUGGAACUAAAAUGGUUCAAAAAUGUGAUGGACUUCCUCUCGCAAUCAAGGUUCUUGCGGGGGUUUUGAGAUCCAGGAGUAGUACGAUAGAGUGGGAAAAGGUUCUUAGAAGUGAUCUAUGGAGGAUGACGAAGCUCGAUGAGAAAGUACCGGGGGUUUUGUACUUGAGUUAUGAAGAUUUGCCUUCCCAUCUUAAGCAGUGCUUUCUGCAUUGCUCUUUGUUUCCCGACAAGGCUCAUAUGUACCGUAAGGAUCUUAUCCGUCUUUGGGUGGCUGAAGGUUUCACAGAGGUGAACGGAGAUCUAACGAUGGAAGAGAUAGCCGAGGGUUAUUACGAGGACCUGAUCUGGCGAAACCUACUGCAGGUGGAUCCUACCUUUGUAGACGGCAGCAGAUGCACCAUGCAUGAUCUUUUGAGAUCUCUUGCCCGGUCCUUGAUCCAAGGAGAGGGCGUCUAUGCCAGUGAUCUCCCAUCAGUGAAUACGACGAACCCAUUAACUAAGCUUCGUCGAUUGUCAACGUCAAACAUAGGGGAGAGAGUAGAGCUCCCCAGUAGAAUCAUCGAAGAGAAGUGUUUAAGAUCUUUGCUCAUCUUUGAUAGCCCUCGUGCCCGUACAAUUGGAGAUGAUCUGUUUAAAAAGCUAAGGAACCUGAGAGUCCUGCUUCUGAACGACACAUCCAUCGAGAGUCUUCCCAAGUCCAUCGGAAAACUAUCACAUCUUAGGCACUUGGAUCUUGAUCGAACAAAGAUACGGGAGAUCCCCGAGUCUGUGGGGGGCCUUCGGAAUCUGCAAACUUUGAGCGUCUCGGGCUGCCAAUCCGUGAGUAAACUUCCGAAGACCAUCACGAAGCUGUACAAUCUACAAUGUCUUCGACUGCAGGACACUCCAUUAACAUCCUUGCCAAAGGGAAUGGGGUCACUCACAAAUCUCAGCGAGCUUGACGCGUUCAUCGUCAGCGAUGAAGGUGACUUGAAGGAGCUGCAACCUUUGUCCAAGCUGAGUUCUCUGAGCGUAUACAGGUUGGAUAGGGCAACAACAACAGGAGAAUCUGUACUUGCCAACAAAUCUUUUCUCAGGCAAUUGCAUCUAUUCUGCAUGAGUCCAGAUCGAGCGCAACGCACCGUGGAGCAAAUCGAAAGAGCUCGGAAGAUAUGCCAUGGACUCUGUCCCCCACCAAGCCUGCGGUAUCUUUCUAUCAAAUUCUUUCCCGGUAAUUGUUUUCCAAGAUGGAUGAUGUCGUCUUUCCUGGACACUGGUUUCCCUCGGCUGUCAUACUUGAGCAUUCAUGAUCUUCCAUCAUGCUCGAAGCUUCCUCCGCUGGGCCUGCUUCCGGAGCUAAAGUUCCUAUCCAUUAAAGGGGCAAAUGCAAUCAUAACCAUUGGUGCUGAAUUCCUCGGCGACCGCCAGAGUUUACGGGGACUUCCGGCCUUUCCCAAGCUUGAGGUAAUGCAAUUCGUAAACAUGCCCAACUGGACAAAAUGGUUGACAUUAGUGCAAGAGAGAACCAUGCCCCAACUGAGUUCAAGGGCUCGGGCCUGUUUAAGAAGUUUGACAGUCUUAUAUGCAAAGCCGGACUCACGUCCAGAACCGUGCGAUCCACGAUCUGAGCUAGAUCUGGUCGGAAGUCGAGACCUUCAUUUUACCAACUCCGACCUGUCACGUCGUCAAAAUCCUGUCAGGCUUCAGACAAGCGAGUCCCCAGCUGAUGAUAGCAGACGCAGCAGCCAUCGUAAGCUGCUUCCUAAUCUGAAGGAGCUCUGGCUCGUCGACUGUCCCAAGCUGGGAGCCCUUCCGGAAGGCCUUUGCCCGACCAACUUGAAGUUACUCCAUAUGGAGGGCACUCAUAGCUUUGGAGAAAUCAAGAACCUCGACUUCCUGACUGACAACCUCACUGUGAAGCAUAACAACAGCUUGCGGCGUAUAUCAAACCUUCCUUCAUUGAAGUAUCUGCAAGUGGAUGACUGCCCCAACUUGGAGUACGUGGGAGAUCUGGCUGGCUUGCAACACCUGCAUCUGUCUUGUCCCCCACCAGCGCAGUCCCUGCCGCCAUGGCUGUCGGAUCUCGUGGAGCAGCAGCGCAGUUUGAGAAAGCUUGAGCUGCAGUGCAGCUUGCCAUUGUUGAAGAGGUGUCUCAAGGGCGAGGUCAACUGGCGGAUCAUCCGCCAGAUACCGGAGGUCAGGAUCCGGGCCACCGAUGCCAACGAGUUCAUUUGGUAUAACAAGGAUCCAUACAUGUACGACACCAACGUAGGUUCAGCAUGAGCAGAGUCGCCGUCUCUGAUUAGUCGGAAGUCUUGUGCUUGGUCUAUCAGACAAAUUAGUCGUCGUCGUCGUCUGUGUAAGGAUCGAUCGGAAGUCUCUUUGAUUGGUGUUCACUUCCCUUACCAUUUGUGUUUGAAGCAAUUUGGCAGUUUGAAAGCGAUGUGCUUUUUCUUCUUUUUCCUUUAUUUUCCUUUUUAACUUAAAUGUGUGCUUGGACCAUAAUAUAUAUUUGCUUUCAAUGAAAGAAAAAAAAAAAGGCUAUUAUCUACGAAGACAUCUCUUUGUAUCACUUUGUACCAAGUGAAGUUUUCAUCUUGAUCUUGCUUCGAUUA